AAGUGCGCUAUUUCCGGAAGAUGGUUCCUGAUUGCUAAGCAACGGUUUGACAACUAGUGCCGAGAGCUACGCUUGUAGAGCUUUCUUCCAGUGCCAUGACCAGGGCGGGUGACUUGGGUGUGAGCUCAGCGGGGGCCCGGGUCACACUGGCGACCUCCAGCGAUGAGAGGCACCCCGCGGAGCAUAUUUUGGAUGGGGACCCAGAGACGUUCUGGACAUCAACAGGGAUGUUUCCCCAAGAAUUCAUCAUCAGCCUGAACAGUCCUUCAAAAAUCAACAAAAUCACUCUCCAGAGUUCAUUAAUACAAAGCUUACGAAUUGAAACAAGCAUAUCUAGAGAACCCAUCAAUUUUGAACGCUGCAUGGAAAAAGAUCUUGAGCAUGUCGAAGGUCAGCUCCAGAAUGAAGAGAUUACACUCCCUGGAAUCCAAGCCACUCAUUUACGCUUUGUGAUCCUGUCUGGGUAUGACCAUUUUGUGGCUGUGUAUAGUGUAUCGGCAGAACUAUGACAUUUGCUGCAAAAUGUAAAUGAAGAGAAAUCCAAUGCCCUUUUCUGUUUUUGUAAAUAUAUUGCUCUGCAAAAAAGACACUUUAUAUUUGGUCCUUAUGUGUACUGUAAAUUGUGGAUAUCUUUUUCAAACAUUUGUAUGACGUAUUUCUUAAUAAAUCAUUGAUCUUCAA